CCACCUGGCUAUAUAAUACAAAGUUACACUUUUUUUCUUCUACACCAAAAGUUGCGCACUAUAAUCUGUAGCAACAGCCCUUUCUCACUAGAGACAGAAUGGGAAGGGCACCUUGUUGUGAAAAAGUGGGCUUGAAGAAAGGGAGGUGGACUGCAGAAGAGGAUGAGAAAUUGGCCAAGUAUAUUCAAGCUAAUGGAGAAGGGUCUUGGAGGUCAAUGCCCAAGAAUGCAGGGUUACUGAGGUGUGGGAAGAGUUGCAGACUGAGAUGGAUUAACUAUUUGAGAGCUGAUCUGAAGAGAGGAAACAUAUCGACUGAGGAGGAAGAGAUCAUCGUGCAAUUGCAUUCUUCUUUGGGCAACAGAUGGUCUUUGAUAGCCAGUUACUUACCAGGAAGAACGGACAAUGAGAUAAAGAACUACUGGAAUUCUCAUCUGAGCAGAAGGAUCCACAGUUUUAGAAGGUCUGCAAGUGAAAGUCUACCAUUGAUCACGGAAACAGCCAAGGAGAGCGUGUUAACCAAAGGAAAAGGAGGUCGAGCAGGUAGAUUUGCAGUAAAGAAAAACAAAAAUAGCCACACUCCAAAAGAUGUCACCAGGGCGUCGACAAAGAAACCUCUCAUGGAAAACAAUACCAGUAAUUGCCAUAAUUCAAACAUUGAAGACAUGCAAUUGCUGCAGACACCAGCAAUAGAGAAAGAAACCUUGUCAAGUGCAAUCAAUGAUAAGGUAAUAUGGGAUCCAUGUGAAGAUGAUAAGGAACAAAUGGACCUCGUUAUGCCAAGUCCCUAUCCAGAAACUGGAAGUGGAAUGGUGGGUUCAAGUGGGGAGAAAGCAACCCUGGUCGUAAGCCAAAGUGACGAAAUUACAAGUGGGAAUUCAAUGUUGUGCCCUAGUGUUGGCAAGAUAGAUAAUGAUAGCUCAGGGCCAUUCUAUCAAGGCAUUGACAAAACACUGUGUUUUGAUGAGGUUACGGACAAGGAGUGGCUGGAUCCAAAUGGGGGUUCGACAUUAAAUGAGGAGCGACAAGAUGGUCUCGUGGUUCCCAGUGAAGAGAGAGAAAAUGGGGUUUUAAGUCCAAACAAAACACUGUAUGACUCCAUUGGUUAUUUGAGCUCAAAUGGAGAGAGUGGUGAGUGGCACUCGUGUUCUUCAAUAAGUAGAUCAGGUUUUGAUGAUUGGAUCUGGGAUGAUGUGAUGGGAGGACAUGUCGAAGGAGGAGGAGAUCAUUUCAUUCAAGAAGACAACGUGCUAUCUUGGUUGUGGGAGAGCGAUCAGGUGGAGUGGGGAGGAAGAGGCACUGGACUAUGAGAAGCAAAAUGCCAUGGCUGCGUGGCUUCUCUCUUGAUUUCCUGUUAGUCUACCGAAAAGAUUGAUUAUACUAUAUAGCUAGCUAGCAGACAGCAUUAAUU